AUAGAAUCAUGACCAUCCUUCCAUAAAAAUGAGAAGAGGAAUGAGCAAGCAUACAAACUGUCAUGGCUGAGAUAGAGGAAGAGGAUUUUAUGUAUGACUACGAGGAAAGUGAUGAUGAGGAAGAUGAAGAUGAAGAAGGUGAUUUUGUGUCUGAUGGCCUGUUAAGAGAGGACAGUGUUCCCUCUGGGUCUAAGCUUAAGGCUGAAUGGCAGACACUCUCUCCUGAUCAAUUGUCAAAGAAAAUGUUUGAGAUAGUUGACGAUGUCAAUGCUGUAUUUCAGUUGCCGACACCUCACGUGAGGAUCUUAUUGACGGCUUGUAAGUGGGACAAAGAGAAACUGAUGGAGAGAUAUUAUGCUGGUGACCAGGAGGCAUUAUUUAGAGAAGCUCAUUUAAUCCACCCAAAGAAACGCAACCCGAACCCAGUCAUUGUAGUGAGGGCACAAUCAACAUCAACUUGUGGAGCAGCUGCCUCCUCAAAGCAAGAGUACAUCUGUGACAUAUGCAUGAUGUCAUAUUCAACUGAUCACAUGAUGGGGCUAGAGUGUGGACACUUGUUUUGUAGACCUUGUUGGAAUAACUACCUCACAGUAAUGGUCAUGAGUCAAGGAAGGGCACAGACUUUGUCCUGUCCAGCGACAUCUUGUGAUAUCGUGGUUGAUGAAGCUACUGUAUUGGAGUUGCUGACAGAUGGUGAAGUUCGGAAGAAGUAUCAGUAUCUUAUAACUAAUUCAUUUGUUCAAGAUCACCCAUUAUUAAAGUGGUGUCCUUCACCAGGCUGCUGUAACGCUCUACUGGCUAGUAAUAACGUGGAGCAUGAGCCAGUUAGCUGCUCUUGUGGGCACUCCUUCUGUUUUAAGUGUAGUCGAGAUCCACACGAGCCAAUAUUAUGUACAUAUUUAUCAAAAUGGCUGAAGAAGUGUGAUGAUGACAGUGAGACCUCAAACUGGAUACAUGUUAAUACCAAAGAGUGUCCAAAGUGUUCAGCAACCAUAGAGAAGAAUGGUGGGUGCAAUCACAUGAUAUGCUGUAACAACAGCUGCAAGGCCGAGUUCUGCUGGGUGUGUCUGGGACCGUGGGAACCACACGGAACAAGCUGGUAUAAUUGUAAUCGUUAUAACGAGUCUGAUGCCAAAUCAGCCAGGGAUGCUCAGAUGGGUUCAAGGGCUGCUUUGGAGAGAUACUUGUUCUAUUGCAAUAGAUACAUGAACCACCUUAGGAGUUCUAAAAUGGAAGCUAAAUUAUACGAGAUGGUUCAUGAAAAAAUGAAGGAAUUACAGCAGCUGGGAAUGUCCUGGGUCGAAAUUCAAUUUAUGAAGAAAGCAGUUGAUGUAUUGUGCCUCUGCAGACAGACAUUGAUGUACACGUAUGUAUUUGCGUAUUAUCUCAAGAAAAAUAAUCACAUGUUGAUAUUUGAGGAUAAUCAAAGUGAUUUAGAAAUAGCCACCGAAUUAUUAUCAGAGUAUCUAGAGAGAGAGAUCACAAGUGUCUCGUUAGACCAGUUAAAAAUUCAAGUACAAGAUAAGAGCAAAUAUUGUGAAGCAAGGAGGAAAGUAUUACUGGAGCAUGUCUAUGAAGGAUAUGAUCAAGACUUUUGGGAUUUUACUGAAUUAUAAUUAUUAUUAUAGCACGAGAUUUAUUAACAAAUGACUUUAAUGGAUGGACAUAAUAUGCAGCCAUUAUUAACAAAUAACUUUAAUUCUUAUUAUUAUAUCAAUUAACACUCA